AUGGACAAAAACACAGAUCUUUCUUCGCUCAUCAAGAGUCUGAUCCAACACUUCGGAUCACCGGAAAGUGCAGCCAAACAUCUCUCCGCUCUCCCACAGAUGGUCGAAUCAACCGAAAAACCAUCGUCUUCUCAAACACUGGUGGAAGUCCCAAGAGAAACCUUUCCUCCGGCUCCUUCUCCAAAAGGCUCUCCGAAGAGGAGCACUAUUGAGUCGUCUGUUGGGACUGAUGUUGCUGCUGUCUCGUUGCAAAUGGUGGAAACUCCCAUCAAUCCUGAGCCGAUUUUCACUGUUACUCCUCUUGAGAUCUUCCAUUCAAAAAUGGCGCCUUGUCCUGGUUCAUCUCUUAAGGUUGACGAAGAACUCAAGAAGGGGAAAUCUCCUCUGCAAAACCCUACUGUUCAAGUGGCCUCAGAAAAAUCCACAGGGCUUCCAUCUCUUGCUGUUGAUCAACAUCAAACUCCCCUUACCACUCCAAGCGAAGAGUCAAUUCCAUCUUCAAGAGAGGAAUCAGUGCAUGCUUCUCAAGAUAUCUCUUUGGAGAGAAUUGGGGAGAUUGCCAAAGAGGCUCUACUUGAUCUUGCCUCACAACCUGGAUCAGAUGUUGAUAAAGCUUCUGUUGUUGCUGAAGAAGAAUGUGAUGAUGUUGGCGACAAACCCACAUCCAUGGAUGUUGAUGAAACUGAAAAAAUUCCUGAUGUUGAUCCAGAAGAAAGCACAGAUGUUAUUGAUGUUGAAACCUUUGUCCCUGACAAGAAAAGAUGGAAACGUAAAGCUGAUAUGGCCUCUCUUAGGCGAUCCUCAAGAUCCAAAUCCACACGGGUGAUUCCAUCAACUCUCAACCUUCCUAGCCGAGAAGACAGUGAUGUUGGUCCAACAUCAAAGCCAACAGUGCUCAAGCCAAAGGUUGAACAUUCUCCCACCUCAAAGAGCGGGAAUGUCUCCUCAGCCUCUCACACUACCUCUCCCCGCCUUAGCUGCUCUGGAAGCUCCUCUGAAUCAGAGGUUGAGGUUAGUAAGUCGUACUCUACUCUAUUUUACACUCGUGAUGCGAAGAAUGCGCUUAAAAUGUUGGCUGCUAGGAAGUUUCAUAAUGAUAGACGUGCAGAUGAGGAUUUCUUUUCAAAGUUUAAGCUUGAUAUCCUUUUGCAAGAUAGGGGUAUGUGGGGUACGGUUGUCAAUGUUUUUGGCUAUGAUGCUGAGAUUGUUAGGGAAUUCUAUGUUAAUCUGAUGCCGGAGGCUUUUGAUUCGAAAUCGGUUAAGUAUGGGAAAGUCUUUGUUAGGGGUAAGGUGUUUAAUUUCUCUCCAUCCGCAAUUAACAAAGCAUGCUACACUGCUGAUACUAACACUGCUGAUGUUGAGAUUGAUGAUGAUGAGAUGACUAGGGAGUUGACUGGUGGAAAGCUUAAGGUAUGGACCUCUAAAUUUGUUGUGUCCACUUUGUCUUGGAAAUACUCUGUGCUUCACAAGAUUGCAGUCUACAACUGGCUUCCAAGCAAAAACACUACUGCUCUAACGAAGGAACAAGCAUAA